AUGUCCUGGAAUGUUGGAGGUGCUGGUAGCAGCGCCUUCAUUAGAGCUCUGAAGUUUAUGGUGACGAAUCAUAAGCCUAACAUUUUGAUUCUGUUGGAACCUCAGAUCAACGGGGAGGUGGCGGACAGAGUGUGCGGAAAGAUGGGGUUCCCCAAUAUCAUGAGGGUUGAAGCUGAAGGGCGAAAGGGCGGCAUAUGGCUAUGUUGGGACGCGAAUUCUGCUUCGAUGGAGCUAGUGUCAGCUUGUUUCCAACAUUUAACAGUGCGAGUCUCAACGUCGGGAGUUAUGCCUUGGCUCUUAACGGCGGUGUAUGCCAGCCCCAGACAGGAGUUUCAUCGCUUCCUUUGGCAGGCUAUCUUUAGGUCUGGAAAAGAGUGGGACCUACCGCGACUCCUCACCGGAGAUUUCAAUGCAAUUCGAAGUCCUUCGGAGCAAACAGGGCGGACCACUACUUCAACUUACCGUCGAUGCAAAAGGUUUAGCGAGAGAAUCGAGCAGGCUGGUCUCAUUGACCUCGGAUAUUCAGGGCCCUGUUUCACCUGGACUAGAGGAGAUCAGUCUACCACGUAUAAAGCCAGCCGAAUCGAUAGGAGCUUGUGCAAUACUACGUGGAACUCCGCCUUCCCCAACACUUUCGUCCAACAUCUCCCUCGGAUCCAUUCAGACCACCACCCGAUUCUUACCACGGUUAACAACCAGGGAGUUUCUACCUCUACCUCUCGACCUUUUCGCUUUGAGGGUGCCUGGCUAACUCAUGAUUCUUAUGCUAAUUUUUUGUCGAAUAGUUGGGACUCUCAAGCUCCGCUUCAAGAUGCUUUGAAGAAACUUGCUGGAAACUUGGUGGAGUGGAAUCAGACCACUUUUGGCAACAUUCUCCACAGGAAAAAGAGGCUUCUCGGCCGAAUCCAUGGCAUUCAAACUAGGGUGGCGAAUGGUUUCUCCCCCGGAUUAUACAAACUGCAGAAGAAGCUUGAGAAGGAGCUUGAUGAUGUGCUUGAACAGGAAGAGAUCCUCUGGUACCAGAGGUCUAGAGAGAACUGGGUGAAAUUCGGGGAGCGCAACACGGCUUACUUUCAUCAGCAGGCGAUCAUUCGGAGGAGGAGAAACAGAAUUGCAAGCCUGAAAGCCAGCAAUGGAGAGUGGAUUUCGGACCCUCAGGAGCUGGCAGCUCUGGUUUUUGACUUCUUUUCUCUUCUUUAUUUGCAGGAUGACCAGGACUAUACUGAUGGAAUGCCUAGUCAAGCCUUCCCCAGAUUAACUCAGGAAGAGAUGCUCCUGCUCCUGCGGCCUUUUACCGGUGCUGACAUCCAGAGGGCGGUUCAGGAUAUGAAGCCUUUUCAAGCACCUGGACCGGAUGGGUUUCAAGCUAUCUUUUUCCAGCGGUCCUGGCAGGUGGUGGGGAAAGCACUAAUUGAUUUGGCUAUGGAUUUCUUUUCCACAGGAGUGUUACCAGAGGAGGUGGUAGAAUCAACUGUGGUGCUUAUUCCCAAGGUGGAUCAUCCGGAGUUGGUUUCUCAGCUGCGCCCAAUAUCACUCAAUAAUGUGUGCCUGAAAGCCAUCACCAAAGCGAUCACGAACCGGCUCAAGCCUAUUAUGAGGAAAUUUGUGUCACCUCGGCAAAGCAGCUUUAUCCCGGGUCGCCAGACCACGGAUAACAUUAUUGUUUUGCAGGAAGUGCUCCACUCGCUUAGGAAGAGGAAGGGAAAGAAAGGAGGAAUGGUGCUGAAAAUCGACCUUGAGAAGGCGUAUGACCGGCUGAGAUGGGAGUUCCUCAGAGAUACCCUCAAGGAAGUUGGACUACCUAGCUCCUGGAUAAAUUGCAUUAUGUUUUGUGUGGAGCAUAAUAGGAUGAGGCUGCUGUGGAAUGGGGAGCUCUCUGCUCCAAUCAUCCCCUCCAGAGGGGUCCGUCAGGGGGAUCCUCUCUCACCUUACCUUUUUGUCUUAUGCAUGGAGCGACUGUCCCACAGGAUUGAUCAAGCCAUCCAGGACGGCCUCUGGAAGCCCCUGAGAUUGUCCAAAAAUGGUCCCUUGAUAUCUCACCUGUUCUUUGCAGAUGAUCUUAUUCUGUUUGCAGAGACAGGAGGUAAUCAGGUUCGGAUAAUCAAGCAAUGCUUGGACGAGUUCUGUCACAGCUCGGGACAGAGAGUCAACUACAACAAGUCUGCGAUCUUUGUUUCGGCCAAUAUUGACAGGCGGCGGGCUCGGAGGCUAGCCAGUAGAGCAGAGAUCCCCCUCACGGUUGAUAUCGGGCGCUAUCUAGGAGUGAUGGCUAUUCACGGGCGGGUGACCAAAUCCAGAUAUCAAGACCUGAUGUUAAGAAUACAGAGGAAACUAGCUCCAUGGAAGGCAAAGCACCUCUCACUAGCGGCCAGAAUCACUGUGGUGAAGUCUAUCUCUGCCUCGAUUCCGAUUUACCCUAUGCAAACAGAACUGCUUCCUAUGAAUGUUUGCAGGUCUCUAGAUCGAAUCAACAGAAGCUUCAUUUGGGGGGAUACGGAAGCUAGAAAGAAGUUGCAUUUAGUGGGAUGGCCUCAACUGUUGAAGCCCAAGGACAAGGGGGGUCUUGGUAUCCGGUCAACAAGGGAAGUGAAUCUGUCUAUGCUGGCAAAAGGAGGUUGGCGGAUUUUACAAGAGAAGGACAACCUUUGGGUGCAGAUGGUUAGAGCGAAGUAUGGAGGAAACCGGGAGCACCUUGAUCUCUUGAGGCCGGUUCAGGGAAGUUCCUUUACCUGGGCUAGUUUCACUAAAGCAGCCGAUUUACUUAAAAAAGGCUGUGCCUGGAACAUCCAUAGAGAGAACCAAACUAAAUUCUGGAUGGGCAUUUGGCUUUUGCAGGUUCCACUUCAUGAGCUGGCUACGGACACGAUUCCAGAGGAUGAUCGGAUGGCUGCCGUGGCGGAUUUCGUGGAUGAGGAAGGAAAUUGGCGCGUUGAGAAGUUCGAGAAUUUGCUUCCACAGGAGAUUCAGCAGCUAAUCACUGCCCAUGCGGUGGAUCCUCUCUCAUUGGAAAAUGACAGGCUGUUUUGGAGCCCAACUACAGAUGGAAGAUUCUCCACGCGGAGCGCUUAUCAACUACUCCAGCCCGGGAGUUCAGGUGAUCAUCAACGCACUUGGAAAGCAGUGUGGAGACUGCAGGUGCCAGAGAGAGUGCGAUGCUUCAUCUGGCUGGUGGCUCAGGAAAAGAUAAGCUCCAAUGAAUUCCGUACGCGUCGCCAUCUGGCCCAGGAUGGAGCUUGUUAUAGGUGUGAGAAUCAGUUGGAGAAUCUGGAUCAUAUUUUCAGACGAUGCCCUCCGGCGGCCUUCCUUUGGCAUCGCACGGUUCCCAGCGAAGAUCAGACUGAGUUCUUUAGCUGGGAAUGGGAAGAGUGGCUGGAACGAAACCUCACGAGUAAGAAGACGACGAGUUCGGGACUCUCUUGGGAUAGCUUUUUCAGCAUAGCUCUCUGGUGCCUGUGGAAGAACAAAAAUGAGGGGACUUUUGAAGGUUUGAGCACGACCUUAUCUGCCCCAUCUCUCAUGCAGUCGAUUAUGAUCAGGGCGGAGCUUUGGACUCAAGCUUGGAACGCGCCAUCACCACUAAUGGCGCGUGGUGUAAGUACUCCUAGUCGCACCAUGACAGAGAUUGGGUGGAAACCUCCACCAACAGGGUGGGUCAAGAUCAACGUUUAUGGAGCCGCGAGUGGAAGUCAGGGACCAGCAGAAGCGGGGGGCACGGUUCGAGACGCCAGCAGCGCUUGGCUCGGAGGUUUUGUUUCUAGCUUGGGAACUUGCUCGGCUGCUCUAGCAGAGCUUUGGGCUAUUUAUCAUGGUCUGAAACUGGGGUGGAACCUUGGUCACAGGACACUCAUUAUUGAAUCGGAUUCUCAGGUGGCCAUUCAGCUCGUGAACAACAGGUUGGACCCUCUACACCCCUAUGCAUCGAUCCUUUCGGCGAUUAGGAGGAAGAUUGCUCAAGAUUGGGUAGUGAGUCUUGUCCAUACAUAUCGAGAAGGGAAUAGAGUCGCGGACUGGCUCUCGAAGCACAGUCUCGUCUAUCCCUACGGUAUGUAUGUACUGGAUUCACCUCCACCAGAGCUCCUUCCUCUCCUUCAAGAUGACUCCAAUGGCGUUACUCUCCCAAGGAGUAUUGUGAACCCCCUCAACUCUGUAUCCGUCUGA